AUGUUUGUAAUUUGUCAAUAUUAUCAUCAUCCUGUUGAAAUUGAUCGAGCUUGGAAAACUGCACGAGAAAUGCUCAAUUUAUACAAGGAGGCAAUACAAUCUAAAGAUAUGGAUUUGUUUGAAUCGAUAAUACAUCCAAAUUAUGAGUUUAUAAAUUGUGGAGAUGCACCGAUUAAUAGAACUACUCAUUUUAUAAAUUUGAUGGAUACAAUAGGGGUUGAAACACCAAUUAGUCUAUCGACGACUAAUAUCGUUGUUCAAAAUCUAUAUCUUAAUAACGACAUUUACUUCUCAAUAAAAUCCGAUGAAGUUAAAGUGGAAUAUAGUGCCAUGUGGGAUUGGCAUAACUUAUAUAACAAUAAUAAAUACCAAACUUUGUUUAUCUACAAGGAAGGCUAUACAGAAUGCAAAACAAAACCAUUGACAACAGCAUUUAUCCCAAAUAAUCUGGUUAUUAAAUCAAUCGCCGAAUUUCUUGUCAGCAGUUUUUCACAAAUGGAAAUACAAAAGUAUUUUGAUAAUAAGAUUUGUAAAGAUUUCAAGAUGAUAGCCUGUGAUGGAAAGGAAUAUGGAAAACAAGAUUUGCUGAGAAUAACUAGAAAAAUGGAGAAAAAUCGAUUUGAUAAAAACAUUUUGCAAAAUGCAAAACUAACUGAAGAUGGAGUUUUGUCUUUUGAAUUAAAUCGAACAAAUGUGUCACUUGAGGAAAUAGUUAUAACUCGAAAACCGGGGAUUUAUUGUAUUAGGAGUAUUAAACAUUCGAAAUGUAAGAGAACAGAAGAUCCAGAAAAGUUGGCGCGCGAUUUGAUAACAAGAUAUUACGAAGCUGUUCGGAUGAGAAGUUUGAAGCGAUUUGGAGAAGUUUUUAGGAUCUCUUCAGAUUGGCAAAAUUGUAUUGGAGAAAGAGAUUUUUGGAGAUCUGAUCAAAUACUUUAUCGGAAAGUUCAGAACCCGGCUUAUCAAAUCAAAGAAACAUCGAUGAAUCAAGCAAAAAUCACAAAUGUUUUGAUGAACGCGGAAAAUAAAUUGAUCUCAUUUUCUGUAUCCUUCUUCGAUCUCACAGAAAACGAUUAUGAGAUUGAUGAAGUUGAUGGAAAACUGAAAAUCGUUGCUGAAAUUGAGAAUGAUUGUGGUGAGGAAUACGAGCGAGAUGAAGAAGCAGAAAAUCAAGUGGAUCAUAUGAUCUAUGCUGAAAACUUGUUCGAUUCUUAUGUUCAACUAAUUCGCUCGCGAUCUUUAUAUGACGAUAGAUAUAUUGUUCGAAAUCCAUUGACGAUUUAUGAAAUGGUUGGGGAACAUGGAGAAAUUAAAACGAGUUAUCAUUAUAUUCCUAACUUAUACGAUCUUUACCCAUCAAAUAUGACAGAUGUUAAAGUGACAUAUGCGCAAAAAAUGCUAAUUGACAUUUAUAGCUGA